AUGGUCUCAUUAGGCGGCGUCUUCCUUCUUUUCAUGUUUCUAGCGACACAAGCGUUGUCACGCGAUAUUCCGAACAAUGUUAAAGACUUCUAUGGGUUCGUCCGCGGGCGGAACAAGUGCCAUCAUACGUUAGCAAGCGGGUUUCACAGCAGUGAGGGUGACAGCGGAGAUUUCAGCUACUGCGGAGACUACCUGGAUGAUUACAAAAUCAUAUAUCUCCAAGGGAAAAAUGGCGAGUUGGCCAACAUGGACGUGGACUGCGAUGGCGAGCAAGCCGGAGGCGACGGACGUUGCGGCAGCUCCACCGACACUCAAUCUGAGACGACAUUCCGCGACCAGCUGAGGAGUUACGGGACUGGGCGACGAGACCUCAACGCCUCGGUACACACCUAUGUUGUAUUCGGAAAUGAAGGUACUAGAAGCGGCUGGCCUACAUUCAACCCAGAAAAGCAUGGCGUCAAACCACUCAGCGUGAUGGCUGUCGUGUGCAAUAACAAAUUGAUGUAUGGAAUCUGGGGAGAUACAAAUGGUGAUGAUGGGCCUCAAGCCAUGGUAGGUGAGGCUUCCAUAUCACUCGCCACUGCGUGCUACGGCAAUAGUAUCAAUGGCAACUCAGGACAUGAUGACAAUGAUGUCCUAUAUAUUGCCUUCACGGGCGAUGACGCUGUCCCUGGAGCAAGGGGGGCAAACUGGACUGCGUCAAAUUACGAGGACUUCCAAAGCAGCAUCUCAGAUCUUGGGAAUAAGCUCAUUGAGCGUGUUGGGAGUGGGGGGAAUGGCAGACCUCUUGGAGAUCAAUGGACGCUCUUUUCUGCGAUUUUCUUUGCAAUCAUUGUACUACUAUUGUAG